AUGAGUGAAACUAAGCAGAUUUCAGAAACCUAUGUAGCUGUCAAUAAAGAAACCAAGAAUGCACAGGACACUUGGAUAGCAGUCAAAGGAUCUUCCAUCUUUCAGUCCAGGCAUAUGAAUAUAUGUUUGAGAGAACAAAUUACCUAUCUCCUUAAUGAAGGGAACAACAUCAAGGCAAGUAUUUGGGAUCUACAAGAUACUAUGAGGAUCAUGAAAGCUGAACUCAGAAGGAUAAAACAAGCUGAGGAAGCCAUCACUUUCUUAGAAACAGACAUGGAAGUAGUUAAGAAAAGACAGGAGGAAGAGAAUGAAACAGCAUCUUCAGAGGAGGAAUUUCUGAAAAAACUGGAGAAGGACAAUGAAAAUUUACAUAUGAGAAUCUUCAUGCUUUCUGAGAAGAGCUCAGCUUUGACAGCAUCAAAGAAUAUCAAUCAGAGGAACUACCUUCAGCUCUGCUGUUAUGUCAACAAACUACAGAGGGAGCUUCAAGAAUGCAAACUGAUUUGUGGAGACGAAGAUGAAGUUUUCAGAAAGAUGAAACACCAAAUUCAGGAGCUAGAAGAGUACGUACAAGAAUAUGAAGUAAAAAUACAGAUUCUUCAAGACAGAGAAGAAACUCUGAAGAUUGAGCUGUCAGCUGUUGAGAAAGAGAAGGCCCAAUGUCACAGCAAUUUUCCAGGCAAGUUUUUGAAUCUUCACCCAAAGAACUUGAUGUAUGAAAUAGCCAGGGCUCAACUGGAAGAAAAAAUAAGAAGGGAAGAGAGACUUAUGAAACAGCAGCUUUGUGGUGGUAGGUGGAAGCUAACCUGGGUCUUUAUUAUUUUGUGGCAUUUCGCUGGAAUCCUGCUGGUGAUACUCCUCACUAUGCUUCUAGCCAUACUCUUCAUUCUUGGUGCCUGUCUUUCAAACCAUACAGUGACAGAGGCCUACCAACGACCCCUAUGGCAGUUUUUGGACUAUUAUAUCCAACCACAUAUGCAACUGUACAGUACUGGCCUCUUACCAAAGUGA